UCACACAAUAACAAAAAGCUAACAAAAUGCACAAUAUUUUGAUGUAAACAUUAAACUCUAAGUACUGACAUUUGUCUGGCUCCAUCUGAUAAAAGAUGUAGCCACUCAGUCGUCAUUAACUGAGCAGCUUCUUCACUUCCCUGCAGACCACAGAUUAAGGUUUCUGCUAAACCUCCCUGCAGUGAGUGGAAAACUAACCAGCCUCUUCACAGACGAAGAUCUUCUAUCGCAUGCAAGUCUGAAUAAUAUCAUUUCUACUCAGAAAAUGAUUUUCAUCUACAUGAUGAUGACAUUUCUGGCUCCAGUGAUCUUAGCAACAGGGAUAUUGGCAUGUAAUAUAACUCAAUGUGAUAAAGAAUGUCAGUGUUAUGGAGCAACUGGAGAACCUCUCAUAUUUUACCUUCCAGUUCAUACAAGGAUUAAGUUGUUGAAAAAUAAAGAAGUACUUUUCAAAUGUGGAGACAACACAUGUACGAAAACAACUUUGAACUACAUUAAAUCCUGUGAAUUAGCCAUAAAUAGAACACUGACAUGUGAGCACACCAAAAAGACUGAUUCUGGAGUUUAUCAGCUGGAGCUAUUUGAUUAUUCUGGAAUAAACAUCAAAACAAUCAACAUCAAUCUUCAGAUUAUAGCUCCAGUUUCACAACCUGCCAUGUUUCAGAAAUGUUGGUCACCAGAGCAGAGGACAGUCAGCUGCUCAGCAGAGGGAGAACACACACACUUCUCUUUUUCUCUGGAUAAUAAUCCGUUACCACACACUAAACCUACCAGUGAAAAUAAUGGAAGUGUCACCAUCAGUUUAAAUGGUCAACUGCAAGGAAACCUGGAGUGUAAAGUUCAGAACAAGGUCAGCAGUAAACAGAUCAUCGUCCAUCUUUCAAGUUGUGAAGAAACACGUUUUCCAGCUGUGAUCGUCUUAGCAAGUGCAACCGUUCUGCUUCUUCUUUUGGUUUUGUUUCUUGGUAUCAAACUGUUUAAAGUGAAAAUAAGAAGAAGCCCCACAACUACCACAGAAGGUGAUGCUGAGGAGGAAAUAGUUUACUCAGAUGUCAGAGUGAAUCAGGCUGCCAGAAAGAGGGAUGGUUAGGAUGCUGAGGACCAUGAAGGAAUGGAUAAUCGUCACCUCUGAACAUGAAGCCUUUCAUUUCAAGUUUAAACAUGGCAGCAGCUCAUGAACAGAGCUACAAAGAAAUGAAACAAAUACUUGUGAAUAGAUCAAUAAUUAGACAUAUAUUUAGCUUUCUCUCUUCCAGUACAAGUACAGUAUUUUAAAAAUCAUCUGUGUUUUAUGCAUCAGUCUCCAUAUUCUAAUGUUUAAGGAUUAUUGUUGUAUAUUAUUUUACAUACAGAAUAUGUAUUUUAAACAUUUUUGCAUUUUGUUAAAAAACAGUGACAUCAGAUUUCAGUGGGGGUGAGACCAUGUAAGAAUGUUGAAAAAAGUCAAUAAAAUUCACUAUAAAAUAAGUUGAAUCUGUUGAACAGGAGUAAGUUAUUUGUGAUUAGAGUCUGUUUCAUAUGCAAGUAUGAGGAUCACAUAGAAGAAAAAAGUAUGGGACUAGUAUGUAUUUGGUCACUGUUCAGAGAUUAAAGAUGAAAUGACACAAAAAAGUUUAAUAAAUAGAAGAGCAAUAAAUUGGAAAUGGCACUGAAUAAAGAUCAGUAACAACCA